UGUGAUGCGAACGAGGUGGGGUCUGCCAGAUACCUGCGCUCGAUGGGAGGAGCCUCUGGUGCAGGACAGCUUCUUCCAAAGCCGACGCCUAACACCUGCAAAAAGAAGGAUUCGCUUUCUACUACUCCACAAUUUCUCAGGUUUUCUUUGUGUUUUAAACCGUCCGUCCAUUCAUCUUUUAAACUAAUGGUUAAAAAUUUUUAAACGCAGUGAUAUUUACUAUUGUUACGCAUAAUUUAUAUAUUACAUGUAAACAACGGAUACUUUAUUUACAAACCUUUAUCCGGUUAACCUUAGAGCAACUCAAUUAGUCAUAAUUCUAUUCUAAAUAAGUUUGGACGAAACAUUCCAAUCAGACAAAAAUGGAUCGCUUCCGAAUGAUUUUUCAGUACUUCCAGUCUAACUCUGAGUCUGUAAUGAAUGGCAUAUGUGCCAUGCUUGCGCUGGCCAGCGUUAAAAUCUACAGCAGUUUUGAUUUUAAUUGUCCCUGUAUGCCGCGGUACAACGUAGUCUAUGGCAUGGGGGUCAUGUUCAUCCCGCCCGUGGUGCUCUUUCUCUGUGGAGUCAUCAUCAACAAACACACAGUCAUGAUGUUGGAGGAGUGGACGAGACCUGCUGGCCGAAGGCACAAGAACUCUGCAGUUGUCAGAUACAUGUUUUUUUCCAUGCUCCAAAGAGCCUUGCUUGCACCUCUGGUUUGGAUAAUUGUGACUCUGUUAGAUGGAAAGUGUUUCAUCUGCGCCUUUAGCAUCAGCGUAGACUCAAGCAGAUUUGUGGGGUUCCCUAAUGACACAGGCUUGGAUAUAAGUCGAGUGCUAGCGAAGGUUCCUUGCAAGGAAGAUGAAAUUUUCCGCAACAGCACUUCUAGAAAAGCAGUAGCCCGCUAUCUGCGCUGCUGGUCUCAGGCUCUCGGAUGGGGAAUUCUUUUAUUUCUGAUAGUCUUGGCUGCCCUAGCUCGCUCCUUUAAACCAUGCUUUAAUCAGGCUGCCUUCCUGCAGACACGCUACUGGAGCAACUAUGUGGACAUUGAGCAGAAGAUCUUUGAUGAGACAUGUUGCAUACAUGCCCGGGACUUUGCCCGCAAGUGUGUAAUCCAGUUCUUUGAAACUAUUCACAAUGAGAUGCAGGCGGGCUUACCAUCUCAGCCUGAUGAUGAUGAUGAAGACCCUCUGCAUGGCAUUACUACCCGUGAACAGGUGAACCAGUUGCUUAAAACCUGGUACCGAUGCAAGCCUGAGCUGGAUGUCACUAAGAUCGCUCAGCGUCUGAGCAGGGCAAAAGCCUCUGGGUCCAGUGAGGACGGUUUACCUAAAAGCACAGAGCAACAUUGUUGCGGGGAAGGCAGUCACUCAAAAUACACCAUUGUAUGAGGCCAGUAUGAGCAAUGAAAAUCCUGUUCAAGCAAAGAAGUGUGGGCUUGUUUCAUUAUUGCAUAAGGACUAUAAAAAUAUACUUUACUGUAUAUACUUCUGGAAAUCCCUGAGAACAAAUUAGUACCACUAAAAGCAAUGUUCUGAUGAUUACAAAUUGUAAUACUUAUGAUAUCACCAUGGAAAAGAGCAAAUAAGUUUGUACUCAAAAGACUGUUAAGAAUGCCUGACAUUUAAACGUAACGUCUAUUACUUGAGUUGUUAGAAUUUGUGAUAUUAGUUUAGGACAUUACAACUUUGUUCACCUUUGAUCUUGCUGUCUAUUAAACCAUCUUUAUUUUAUGGGAUGCUUUUCAUAUUAAACAGUACCACCGUAUAUUUUGCUGAUGUAUUCAUGAAUGACAAUAAAUCAGGAGCUCUGGCAAUCAUGGUCUACUUUGUUACAAUGGCAGGGAACAUGUCCACGAUUAUCUCAUUGUUAGACUAUUUCUGGUUGUAAAUAAUAUAGUAAAAUAUAUAAGUGUGCAUUUAUUUGUUUGUUUGCUAUUAUUUUGUAAAUAAAAAUUGGCCAC